CAUAAUUUUUGUCUUGUAUAAUUUAACCAAUACCUUUACGUAUUGUUUUUAUACGCAACUGUUCGAGAGUUUUGCGUUCCAGACAUUGAAUUUUCUUUUCUUUUUUGUCCGGAGACAUUCGAUAUUGAAUUUUCACAUGGUUUGUUUUCCUCAACACAUGUAAAAAGCAAAGCUGAAGUUUAACUUGCCGGAAGAAAUAACUAAGCAUUGUACAGAACACAUCAACGAAGAUGCUUCUUACAAGUUUUUCUUGGCAGACCUGCCAUUUCGUUGCCUGUUUUUUCAUUAUCACUACCCUAUCUUGGUCCCCGGAUGCUGCAUCGCCCUCCUAUGAUCCUCCUGAUAAUAUCCGACUCAAUUGCGGCUCAACAAAAUUCUUCACAACUUCUCGAGAUGGGAUACAAUGGGUAUCCGAUUCCACAACAUCACCAGACAUCUUUGAAACUUCAACAACCUCCACAGCUAAUGAACAAAGUCCUUCCGUCGACAAAACUCCUUACUCCACUGCCAGAUUCUUCCGUUCUCAAUUCACCUAUACAAUCCGCGUCUCCGAAGCUGGUCAGCAUUUUCUACGCCUCUACUUUUACCCUGCAAACUACUCAAAUGGCUUAAAGGAAGCCAUGUCAUUCUUCACCGUCAACAUGAGCGACCACACUCUUUUAUCCAAGUUGAGUGCCUUUGUCAACCUGCGGUCCUCAUCAUCAACUCUGGUUAAAGAAUUCAUCAUUACCGUCGAUCAAAAUCGGUUACUAGAGUUGACAUUUAUACCGUCCCCAAACUCGUACGCCUUUGUCAAUGGCAUUGAAGUUGUUUCUAUUCCCAACAACUUGUACAUCAAAGGAAGCGAUGAUAUCACAGCUGGAAUUAGAAUGGUGGGUCAAAGAAAUGAGGUCUUUAUUAAUGAGAGUAAGCCAAUUGAAAAACUUUACAGGUUAAACGUAGGCGGAGGAGAAAUUUCCUCAACAAACGAUACUGGAAUGUUUCGCUCAUGGGACAGCGACGAGCCAUAUUUGCUCGGCAGUUCUCUUGUAGCAACACCAAAUCCCAGAAUUCCAAUCAAGUACACGGCGGUUGCUCCACCCUACACGGCCCCCGAGAUUGUUUACAACAGUGCCCGGUUGUUGCCACACAAGAGUCACAACACCAACUUGACUUGGGUCUUUCCAGUAGAUUCUGGAUUUUUAUAUCUACUUAGACUUCAUUUUUGUGAUGUGCUAAUGGAAAUAUAUGACUUUAAUCAACUGGUAUUUGAUAUUCUCAUCAACAAUCAGACAGCCGAGGAGUAUGUAGAUGUUUACUAUUUGACCGGUGGGAUAGGAAUUCCGGUGUAUAAAGACUAUGUUGUGUUCGUCGGUAAAAACCAAGAUGGUAGCAAGUCUAAGCCUUAUUUGUGGCUAGCAAUGCACCCCAACAUGAAGAAUUUGUCUGUAUACGAUAAUGUUAUCUUGAAUGGGUUGGAGAUUUUUAAAUUGAAUCCACAAGGAGGCACCUUUGCUGCCCCCAAUCCUAAAUCUGAACAUAUCAAUAAUAAGAGCGGUGCCUCUCAGUCUGCACUUAUUGGAGCCUCUCAGUCUGCACUUAUUGGAGGUUCAAUCGGGGGGAUAAUCCUGUUCACAAUGGUAGUGGGUCUUCUAUUAUACCGGAGAAGAAGAGCGAAAUCUCAGGACGACAAGUCAAGAUCGACUACAGGGAUCAAUUCAUCAUUGCCAUCUGUUAGGAGUCAGAAAUUUUGUCUGGAGGAAGUAAAAUUAGCUACUAGCAACUUCGACCAAAAUUUUGUUAUAGGAACAGGAGGAUUUGGCAACGUGUAUAGAGGGUUUAUGAAAGACAGUACAUAUGCCGUAGCAAUCAAGCGGUUGAAUCCGUCAUCACGACAAGGGGCUCACGAGUUUCAUACAGAGAUCACAAUCCUAUCAAAUCUGCGUCACCGCCAUCUUGUACCACUGAUAGGAUGUUGCGAUGAUAGCAGCGAGAUGAUUCUGGUAUAUGAUUACAUGGUUCACGGAACCCUCCGUGAUCAUCUUUAUGGGGCGGAUAAUCCACCAUUGUCUUGGAAGCAAAGGCUACAAAUUUGUAUUGGUGCCGCAAGGGGCCUGCAUUAUCUCCAUGCAGGCGCAGAGCGCGUAAUAAUCCAUCGUGAUGUGAAGUCAACUAAUAUUUUGUUGGAUGAGAAAAUGGUUGCCAAGGUUUCAGAUUUUGGUUUGUCGAAAAUGGGUCCUAGUGAUGCGUCAGUCACACACAUGAGCACGGUAGUGAAGGGUAGUUUUGGAUACUUAGAUCCAGAAUAUUACCUAAGGCGGCAAUUAACUACCAAAUCAGACGUGUAUUCGUUUGGAGUGGUGUUGUUUGAAGUGUUGUGUGCUAGGCCAGUGAUUAUGCAGGACUUGCCAUAUGAGCAGAUGAAUUUAGCCGAGUGGUCUCGGAAUUGUUACAGGAAUGGUCUACUUGGCGAAAUAGUGGAUAAGAAUGUUGCGGGGGAGAUUACAGUAGAGAGUCUUAACAAGUUUGGAGAGGUCGGAUAUAGCUGCCUAAGGGAUCAUGGGAUUGAUAGGCCUACCAUGAGAGAUGUUGUUUCCGGCCUUGAAUCUGCAUUGCAGCUUCAAGAGUCCUUUGAAAAGUUAGACCAUGAAAACCUCUUUCCAGCUAAUACUGUGGCCAAAGCUAGAAGUGGCCAAGCGUCAACCUCAAGUACUUGUAGUGAGGGAUUCAAGUCUGGAGUUGGAAGUGUAUUCUCUGAUAUUCUGAACCCAAAUGCACGGUAAGGUUGAUAGCAUAGGGAGUAUGAACAAUGGAAAACUGUGAAAGAGGAAAGAAGAGUACAAAUGAGACAAUGCAAAGGCGGAACGAAAAAGAAUGAUCAGGGAUUGUAAGGCACCGGUUAAACUAGGUUUGAACCUUUAUAACUAGAGACAGUAGUCUGGAUGUCCCCUGUAUUUAUGAUGAACCUGCUGAACCUUCUAUUGUAAUAAUAAAAUAGAUUACUCGUACUCCUCUGUCCAACUUAAUCUUCAUGCUUUCUAAUAUACAUGAUAAUGGUUGAAAUUUUUGAAGAACAGUAUCCAUCAACUUUCACUCGUCAUUUCUAUAUUAGAAAGUUAAUGUAUAUUAGAAAGCAAGAAAAAUAAGUUAAUGUGAAAGUUAAUGUAUACUGUUCUUCACUUUCUUGUUCUGUUCCUUUCAAUUAACGUUCUUUAUUGUACUGUUUGUUCAUAAGGGUGCUUGUCAGGGUUUGUAUCACAUCUUAGUGCAUUACAUUUUACACUGCAGAGAUUUGCAUCUUUGAGUUUCUUACACAAGAAUGUUACAAAAUGAUGUCUCGUA